AUGUCAAGUAAGGAUACGCAACAGAAUAUUCGUGUGGCUGUUCGUUGCAGACCUUCAAACAAGCAGGAGUUGGAGAAGGGAGUGCGCACGUGUGUGGAGUGUUCGCAGAAUAAAGUUACUGUCAAAGAAAAAGGUGUAUCUAAAGUUUUCACCUUCGACCAUGUUUUCAACCAAUUUUCUAAACAAAUUGAUGUCUAUAAGAGUAUGGUUGCUCCCAUAAUUGGCGAGAUAAUAGCAGGCUACAACUGCACGAUUUUUGCCUAUGGUCCUACGGGUAGUGGUAAGACAUUUACCAUGACCGGUGGUAGGUCGGAUCAACUCAGAUACUCUUGGGAAGGAGAUCCGUUGGCCGGCAUCAUCCCACGUGCGGUCAGUCACCUAUUCGAGACACUACAAUCGAAUGGAUCUGACUUUUCCGUUCGUGUCUCUUUCUUGGAAGUUUAUAAUGAAGAGCUGUUCGACCUCCUUUCCGCUACGGAGGAUGUAUCUCAUCUUAGCGUAUAUGAUGAUUUGAACCGCAAGGGUUCCGUUAUUAUUAAGGGUCUUCGGGAAGUGAUGGUCCUGGAUAAGAACGACGUACAUAGCGUCAUCGAACGUGGUCUUGCCAGACGACAGACGGCCGCAACCCUUUUGAAUGCACAGUCAAGUCGUUCUCAUUCUAUUUUUACGGUUACAGUGCAUAUAAAGGAAACAAACCUAGUCACUAAUGAGGAGUUGCUGCGUAUUGGAAAGCUCCACCUUGUCGACCUUGCGGGUAGUGAGAAUGUUGGCAGGUCAGGUGCUGUGGAGAAACGAGCUCGGGAAGCAGGAUCAAUCAACCAAAGCUUGCUAACUUUGGGUCGCGUAAUAACGGCACUUGUGGAACGUGCACCUCACAUACCGUACAGAGAGAGCAAGUUGACUCGUUUGUUACAGGACUCACUAGGCGGGCGGACGAAAACGUCAAUCAUUGCAACUGUAAGCCCUAGUAUGACUUCUUUGGAGGAAACCUUGUCAACACUAGACUAUGCUCAUCGAGCUAAGAAUAUUGAGAACCGACCGGAAAUCAACGCAAGACUAAACAAAACUGACUUGGUCAGGAGCUAUAAUGAAGAGUUAGAACGUUUACGACGAGACCUUGAAGCUGCCAGAACGAAGAAUGGAAUAUUUGUGGAUGAGGACAACUACCAGACUCUGCAAUCGCAACUCGCUGAGCAACGGGUCCGUAUAUGUGAACUUGAGGAAAGACGAGAGAUUUUGGAAGAGGAAAUCAGUCAAGUUCAGGAACUGUUUACUGUUACUCAGGAAGAACUCAGUGUAACUCGCAUGCGUAAAGAGGAGGUGGAGAACGAAUUAGUCGCCUAUCGAAGAGAUUUGGAAAGCAUGCGUGCACGUUUUCUGAAGUUGAAGCAGCGUUACGAGGAGACCGAGUAUCUACGUCAAGAACAUAAAAAGACGGAAUUGCGUCUUCAUGAACAAGCGAAUUCAUUGUUAUCGAACUGCUGA